UAUGUUGCCGUCUCCAGGCGUCAAAUGCAAUGUCAAUGUUGACUUACUGAUAAUGUUCUCUAUGAUUCUUGGUUGAUAAAACAGAAUUGUUGCAAUUUUUCUGUUUCGCUUAGCAUGACGUGACAUUAUGAUAACUAUUGAUUGCAUCAGCACAAGUAAAUUUAUGAUAUAUUUUACAACCUGACAGAUACCGGUAAUGGUAUUAAAUGAUGAUAUUUUUUUAAAGCAUUUUACUUCAAAACAUUUUAAAUUUUGAGUUUUUUAAAAGGCUCGAUAAAGUUCUAAAAAUGUCAGUAGUUUUGUAUAAUACUGAAAGUAGUAAAGCAGACGAAGCGUUUGUUGGGAAAAUUACGAAAGAAUUAACGUUAAAUUUUGUGGUUGAUCUCUAACUAAAUAAGUUAAGCCUUAUUGAAAAUGUCUGAAAAGGGCAAGAAAUCCGGUAAAAAAUCUGGUUCUCACAAAGGAUUUAACAGAGAUGUUGGAGACGUGACUUUGGCAGAUUAUGCGAAUUCAAGUGUUCUACCUGGAAGAGGAAGGCUUAGAAAAUCCAAAGCAUCCUUAAGCGUGGUCUGUGAAGUCAAGCAAUUAAACAUACAAGACAAGGCUUGGGACGAAAAACUGGAUGAGUUUGAAGGUGAUUUUGAUUUUGUCAAAGAAGAAAAUGAAGAUGGUGAAGAAGUUUUUGUAAUGAAGAAGGCAUCAUGUCGCCGCAAGAAGACAUUGAGUGAGAGUAUUGCUGGAUGCAGCACAGACGGAAACACAUAUCCACUGGAUAUCUGGCACAUUCUGUCCAAGUAUAUCCGACCCGAGGAUAUCGCCACAUUCUCCGCCAUCUGCAGGAACUCUUGGUCUGUUGUCCAAACCCCCACAUUCUGGCUCAGUCUUUAUAAAAGAUACUACAAGAAUGUACCGAACUUGCCAUCAAGACUACAGCCAGCCUGUAUGGUGCGCCACCACGGACUGAAGGCUUGCGUUAUCCGCUCACUGUUCUACAUGUAUCCACCUCUGGCCGCUCGCAUAGACCGAGCGUCCAUGAGUGCCCCCUACCAUCUCAAGUCUCGCCAAUGCAUUUCCAUGUGGCAAGAGCGAGUAUCACAACCCAACAAGUGGAAGUUGAGCUUCAAGUUGCGUCGUAAGGAUUUCCAGCCUUGCCAAAGUAAGGGAGGAAAGCCAAAUCUAAUGGAAAUCUUGGGUGAUAUAUUUGCCAAUGCUGACGAAGGUUGUACACUUUUACAGGUUGUGAGUGCUGAGAGGAUGGUACUGCCAGUGGUUAUGGGCUUGACGGUACACAAUAUCAACAUGAGCCUGGACAUGAACAUGGCACAUAUGGCCGUACAGCUGGUGUUCGGCUCAGGCCGCAUCUGCAACGGCAAGUUGGACAACACAGGUACUGUGACAGUCUCGCUCAAGAGCGUGCUGCAAGUGAGCGUACUCGACUGGUGGCACCCACGUUACCCCCACUCCUCUAACAUUAUCUGUCGCACGGAGGACAACUAACUGAAGGAACCAUUAUAUCAUUAAAAUAUUUAUUUAAGUUCAAA